AUGUCCUGGUCAGAUGCCAGGAGUACCAUCCCCCAGGUGGACACCACCCCCUCUGAGAGCAGUGUUGAGUGGGCAGCACCCCCAGCCAGCACCAACAGCACCCAUAUGCCUAUCUCCACCACCACCAGCACCAGCCCAGCAACCACACCAGCUGCCAGUGUGUUCCUCAGCAACACCAUCCUGCCAGCCACCUCAGCCAGCAAGGAGACCUUCAUGGUGGCUGGGGCCACCACAGCCAUGCCACCUGCCACAGUGAAGGCCGCCAGCGCCAGCACCAGCAGUGUCCUGUCCUUUACUGGUAUCCUCAGUCCCAGCCCUGCCAUUGAGGUCCCUGGUUCACCCCUCCCCAGCCUACACAGCCCAGUGGAGGAGCCAGCAACAUCCCCCCUGUCCCUGCUUGGUGCUGGUGCAACUGGGGAGCUGGCACCCAGACAGAACCGCCCCGAGCCAGCAACAGGCACUUCUGUGGCCAUCAGCAACUGUGCUGUGGGACAGGCAGCAAGCACAACACCUCCCGCCUUCUGGACACCUGACUGGGGGGAGAAAACAGCCAUUGCUGCAGGCAGCACCAUGGCUAUCACUGCAGGCAGUAUCACAGCCAUCACUGCAGGCAGCACCACAGCCAUCACUGCAGGCAGCACCACAGCCAUCACCGCAGGCAGUAUCACAGCCAUCGUGGCCGGCAGCACCACAGCCAUCACUGCAGGCAGUACCAUGGCUGAUGCACCCACAGCCCCAGUAAGCCCAGCCAAGGAGGCAGGAGAUCUCCCAGACCCAGGUAUUGUGGCACCAGAGAGACCACCAGCCACCACCAGCCCUGCCACCUCCCCGGCUUCUGCGUUUGGGACACAGAGGGGACCAACCACAGCAGCAAGCACAUCUGCCCACACCACCACUGGACACAGAAAUCCUGCCCCUGAGCCCCGACCCACCCACGGACUUAUCAUGCUGGCGGCCUUGCUCUCCCCCUUCGGCACAGAGGGAGGGGACCUAUAGUGUGUCCAGAGGACAGUGGAUUUUAACUCCCCCCUGUUCAAGCCAGAGAUUGGAUUCCCCUUUGGGAAGUCACUGCAGGAUGUUCUCUAUUUUACAGAUAACGGACAGAUAAUUUUUCCACCCACGGACAACUAUGUCCCCUCCAACCCCAACCCACCUCCCUGGGGCUUCACCCAGGUUUUGCCAAUGGUGGCUGCCUUUUGGGACGACGCAGAUUUCUCCCAGGGUGUCGGCACCACCUGGUACCAGGAGUACUCCACCCUCAGCUCUACCCGAGAUGCCCUUGUCCAUGACGUGGAAGCAAAGAUUGAGAAAUACCUGAAAACCCCCUAUAUAGCAAAAUAGACCUUAAAGGUGAUGUGGGAGAAGGCUCCGGCGUACCUGUCCCAGCAGGAUGACACUCGGACAAGUACCUACCAGGCAGUCCUCACCACUGAUGGGAAUCAAUCCUUUGACCUGCUGCUCUACCAGGAUGGCAGGAUGUGGUGGGACCACACCAAGCUGGCUAUGAGCAACGUGUUGAUUGACUUCUGCAGCGGUGAUGGCUAUGCCCAAAAUAAUGAGCUGACUCAAAAGCCACCAGCUGUCAAGUACAGACCCAACCACAGCAGCACUGGCACCGAUGUGCGCGGACCGUGGACAUACAGGCUGGACAGUAUCUCCCGGGUGAACUAUAGGCUGCGGUGCCUGGCGUGGUUGGACACUGAACCAGCUCUGGCCACCUGGAACAGCCAGCUGCCACCAUGCCCCUGCUCCCAGCCCCAGGCAGAGCUGGACCCCUGCUACCGCCAGAGCAGAGGCCCAGCGGACACCUCUGUGAGGAUGCUGUAUACCGGGUCCCCCAGCCUGGCCAGAGCCAGGGUGUGGUGUCUGUUCCAAGAUGGAAGCUUGCUCGAAGGCUGGCAGGAGAGAGCAUGUAGCCUCCCCAUCCACCCAGCCACUGACAAGGAGCUGGAGGCUUUCAACUGGUGCCGCCAGUGUGUGGACAAGCCCCUGUUCUGUGCCAGGUUUGCUGAGAAGAGACCAAGGGUCAGCUGCGAGAGGUACAUGCCGCCCACGCUUGCUGGUACCUUUGGGGUCCCCCACAUCACCACCCUGGAUGGACUCACCUACACCUUCAAUGGGCUCAGAGACUUUGUCCUGCUGCUGGCCAGCAAUACCCAGACCAACUUUGUGCUGCAUGGGUGCACAGCCCAAACCAGAAUGGCCCGGGCCACCAACUUCAUGGCCUCUGCUGCUCAGUACAUCUCUGCCACCACCAUAACAGUUGAGUGAAACUUGGGGAGCCAGGGUGACAUCCAAGUCCUCCUGAACAAUGAAACCAUCCAGUUUUCCUAUUCCCAAGACACAGGCACCAAGGUGUACUACAACCCUGGUGUCUUGCUGGUCAACACCUCCUCUGUUACGGCUGUCUUUGAUGGGCCCAUCGCCAUCUCCAUCUCGGCUGCCUCCAGGAUCCUCAGCGUGGUCUGCAACCUGCCCAACUGGUACCACAACAGAACCAAGGGCCUCCUGGGUGUGUGGGACCAUGACCCUGCAGAUGACUUCCACAUGCCUAAUGGUACCAGCAUCCCUGUGAACAGCAGCAAGGAGGAGAUAUACAGCUACGGGAUGACCUGGGCUGUUGGAGAGCACAGCCUGUUUGCUCAGCCUCUGGACUCAGUGGUAAUGAACUUCACACUCAUCUUCUUGGCUCAUCUGUGGCAGGAGAGUGAAAGCCAGUACCAGGUGGCAGCCUCGCAGUGCCACGGCAGCAAGGAGUGCAUCUACGACUCACUGAGCACAGAGGAUGUGGCCCUGAGCCUGGCCACGCAGGGCCUCGCAGCUGACUUCCAGCAGAAGCAGGCAGUACUCAACACCUUCUCUCCCAUCAUCACUGGUGAUGCGUCACUCACUGCCUUCAGGACAGAAAGGGUCAGGAGGCAGUACCAUGCCACGGGGGUGGGUGCAUGCUUUGUCCCACACUUCUCGCCGGAGCUCAACAUAUCGGAGCGCGGCAUGUUGACGUGGGAGCCCCAUGGGACAGCCCCGCUCACCAUCAGCCUGGAGGCUGUUGGGUCCAACAACCUUUCCACCCUCCUCCAGCUCCACUUCACCCUUUGCAGCUGCAGCAGGAGGGAGGAGUGUGACUAAAGUGACACCAUCACUCUUGGGGGGUCGUCCGUGCAGCUGGUAGCCUGCAUGUGUGAGGACGGCUACUUGGGUGCCUUCUGCCAGGACCCUCCGGACCCCUGUGCCCAGGGGUGCUUCCCUGGCGUGGGCUGUGACUCACAUACCGGCUGUGGCCCCUGCCCAGCCGGCCUGACCAGCAAUGGGCGGCACUGCUCAGAUAUCAAUGAGUGCACGCAGGGGAUGGUGUGUCCAGGGAAUGACACCUGCACCAACACGGUGGGCAGCUACACCUGCUCCUGCCCAGCCGGUGAAGAGGGUGAGGGGCCAGGCUGUGGCUCAGCCUGUGGCUCCUGCUCCUGCCCCAAGAGCUUCUGCAGCAACAGGGGACGCUGCCACCUGCACCCCAUCACCUGCACCCCUGCCUGCACCUGCCCCCCAGCUUUCACUGACCAGCACUGCCUGGUGGCAGAGGGCGAUUUUCAGCUGCUGCCUAGUGCAGGUCUCCCCCAGAGAAGGAUCCAGCUGCGGGUCAGGACAUUGCAAAACGCCACUGCCGGCGAAGUCAACAGCACUGUCUCGGCCAUCCUGGGCACCCUGGAGGUAAAGGCUUUCCAGAGCAACAACAACAUCACCCAGACAUGGGGGGAUGGCUUCACCUUCGUGGUGGUGUCUGUGUUCAGCUAUGACAGCCAUGGCACUGUCAUCCAGUUCCUGAAUGAGAAGUUGCUGGGAGCAAUCACCAGUGCCUUCAACAGGUGGCAGGGGUGGCAGGAGGCAGAUGCAUGCCUCCUCUUCCAGCACCUGCACUGGGGCAACAUCACUGACCUGGUGAAGUUGACAGUGGCUGAGCAGAGGCUCUAUUUCCCCUGCGAUCUCUAUGGCUACAAAGGCUACCAGCUCCACUACGCAGGGACCAUCGUUUGCAUCUCCCCUUGCAAGAUGGGCUACUGCCAGCAUGGUGGCCAGUGCCAGCACCUGCCUGAGGGGCCCACGUGCAGCUGUCUCCCCUUCUCCAUCUUCUCCCCUGCGGGCUCCCAAUGCGAACAACUGGCUGUCAGCCUUGCUGCCUUGCUUGGCAUUUUGGUGGGAGCCCUGGCUCUGCUCUGCCUCCUGCUCAUCACUGCCUGCCUGGCCUCGCACGUCUGCCACCAGUACCAGCACCAGGGGGCCAAGGAGACCUUCUGGAGCCCACAGCCUUUCUCCUUACUGACCGUGGCAGGAGAGUGGGCUGAGUCCACCCCCUCCCAGUCCCCAGAAAGGCAUUGGGAACCACAGCUCCAGGCCAUCGACCCCUCAGUCCAGAUAAGGAUCCAAAGACCUCAUGUCAGGCCUCCGCGCCUGGACCCCAGCAGCCUUAUCCCGCCACCGGUCCUGCCCCAGCGCCUCUUGGCUUGCAGAGGAGCCAGCCGCUGCUGCAGGCCCCACUACACACUCUCAGGGACCCCAGCAAUGGGCACCUGUGUGGAGGCAGAGGACAGGCAGCUGCCCUUUGGGUCUGGUCUUUGUGGGAAGAUUCACUCUGGAGGAGGUGGGUUUUUUAAAUGA